CGAUCAGCGGCCCUACCAGUGUGCUCUACACCGUCCCGUAUAUAACACCUCGAAUCAGAACUCUUGCGAACGCGCCAAAUUUCCUUUUUUAAGGCACAUCUCUACCUUCUCCCGUUUCAUUUAUCUUUUUUAACGGUCUCUUGUAAAUCAAACAAGUCGAGACACCUCGAUUCGUCUUUUUGCACGCUCAACAACCCAAAACAACACACCUCAAACAAAAUGAGUUCCAAGGAAGCAACGAAAGAAGUUGAAGCCGACGAAGUCAUCGCCGCCGACGCCAAGAAAGACGCAGUCAAAGGCACAAAAAGGCCAGCAGAAGACAAAAAUGAUGACAUCAAGAAAUUAAAGAAAGCCGAAGAGAACGGUGAUGACGAAGAAGCCGAAGAUGAAGAAGAGGCAGAAGGCGAGGAAGAUGAGGAGGAGGAAGACCUGCCCGAAGGAGAGGAAGACUUUGAUGAAGAGGGCGAAGGAGAAGGUGAAGGUGACGAUGAUGAUGAAGGAGAGGGAGAUGAUGACGAUGAUGAUGCGUAAAAGUGUGUGACGGGAGAAGUUACAUAUUUUUUUUUCCUUUUUUUUUUUGGCUUCGGUCAGGGUCCACACUUUUUGCGCAUGCGUUACGUCGCUCAGCGGAAAAGCAGCCGGCACCGGUCGGAAAUUUUUUUUUGUGAAUUUUGAUUUCAUCUCUCUCUGUCUGUCUCUUAUACACUCCCCUGAAUCAUGAUACCUUUUAUUCCUACCCUUUUUUUUUUUCGCCUCCCAAUUUUUUUAAUACCGAGACACACACACGAAAAACACCUCAUAAUGUACGAAAAAGACUUAUCAGAGCAGCCGCCCCCUCCAUCUUUAAUAUGAUUAUGUCAUGUGUGUGUGUGUGUGAACGAGAGCGCGCGAGCCCAACGCCAUCUUUUUUCUCCCUCUUAAAAAAUUUCGGUCGCCCUGUCAUUUGUAUGAACGUUUUUCAGUUUGACUAUGAAAAAAAAAAUCACUCACGAGACACAACCCCACCACAUACAAACAUUACCACCACCAUCCCUGAUCUGUCCAGCCCAUUUUUUUUCCUCCUUUAUUUACUGGCGGGAGAUUUUUGAAUUAAAAGAGGAAGAAAAAUU